CGUAUGAAUGUUUAUGGGUACUUCUGCUUUGCUGGUGUCAAUGUGUCUCGAAAUCUUUUCUCUCUCUCUCCUUCUCUCGGCUGAUGCCUAACUACAGCUCCCACAGUAGCCUCUCUAUCUCUUUACAAUAGGAAAAUGGCAUCUGCCUCGACUGACCAUCCUCUUUUGGAGCAGCUCAGAAAAGACACCAAAGUAUCCAAUGAUCCAGGUUAUUCAGUUAUCAAAGUACCCACGUCACCUGAGGGUCACAUGAUCAAGGUUGUGUGGCCGAGGACCAGUUUCCCGAGAGAGCUCCAUCGCUGGAACCUCCCCGAGGAGAUACUGAGUUACCUGAUUAGUUUCGAUGCUCACAAAGACUGGGUUACAACUCUGAGACAUACAAAGCCUCCUUCAGGGACCAUGUUACUUUUUGAUAAGAGAAAGACUAAGAAUUAUAAAGUUGAUGGAUACGAUUGGAAGACUCGGAAGCAUCAGGCGGCAUCAGUUAGAGAAGAUAGAACAAAGUUAAAAGUCUGUGGACACACAGUGAGUGUAUGAGAGAGGAAAGGAGGGAGAGACAGAGAGAGAGACAGAGAGAGAGAG